UUUAACAUUCUUAUCUUAAUUAAUUCACACGGUGUAUGAUUUCAAAGUUGAUUUACAUAUUAUAAAAAAGAAGAUCGUUAAAAAGUAAAACAAAAAACUACGGAAAUCCUGUGACUUCUCUUAUCAUGUUUACCAUCAAGUAAAUCCCACGUUUAACCUAAAUUCAUAAGUCGAUAAGAUACUUCAUCUGAAAUUUUUUUUCUCUCUCUCUCUCUCUCUCUUUUUUUUUCUACGAUCGAUAGGUAUGGAUAGAAAAUUUCCCGUCGAUAUCGCGAGAUGCACGUUGCUACAAAGGCUGCUGCUCGUUGCGGUGGACAAGAGACACGGAUACUCUGGAGAUAUACGCGAUACCGUAGCUUCCCGAUAUUCUCAAAUUUCUACGAGCAAGAGACAGUUAUCCACAGACCGUUCAUCCACCGAUUCGAUACCGUACGAGAUUCCAUCGAAAAUUUCUGAACCGAUAAAAACAUUUCCGAAGAUACCUUUGGUCGCUAAAAUUCGACCGGAAGAUCGACCAAUGGUACAGACAGUUUCGAAAAAGGAAAAGAAUGAAGGAAUCGAUGAGAUCUUAACAAAAUGGAACGUCCAUAAAAAGUCCACUAAGAAAUAAAAAUAAAAACCUGUUCGUUGAAUA